AUGAUGCGCGGCGGACUGAAUCGAGGAGCAUCGGCGAACUCGUUCGACGGCAUCUCCACGCGGGCCUUCCCGCGCAAGGUGGCCGACCGGCUCGUGGCGCCCGUCGACCCCAACAUCGUCGAGAUCAAGCCCGACGGCACCGUCUACCUGCCCGAGAUCAUGUACCGCCGCAUCCUCAACUCGGCCUUCGGCCCCGGCGGCUGGGCGCUCAUGCCGCGCGGCCCGGCCACGCACGGCGACAAGUUCCUCACCCGCGAGUGGGCGCUCUUCUGCCACGGCCGCUUCGUCGCCCAGGCCAGCGGCGAGAGCGAGAUGCUGACGUCGUUCACGGGGCCGGCGACGGCGCUUGAGGGCGUCAAGUCGCAGGCGCUGGUGCGGUGCUGCAAGGACCUUGGCGUGGCGAGCGAGCUGUGGGACAUGGCCUACGUGACCGACUGGAAGAACAAGUACGCCGUGGCCGUGUGGUGCGAGAACCAGAAGACGGGCCAGAAGAAGACCCUCUACCGACGCCUGGACCGUCCGCCCUUCCCCUACCCGUGGAAGGAGUCCCAGUUGACCACCAGCACUGCCGCCUCCUCGCCUUCUUCUUCGUCUUCAUCAUCGCCGGCGCCCAAAACUUCGACUUCUGCCGCCACCUCAUCGUCGUCAGCCACUUCUGCGGGGGCGGCCAAGGCCGCGUAUUCAACGGCAGCGGAGCCGUUCGACAUGGAGGCCCUGCUGCCGCGGGAGCUGAAGAAGUUCGCCGGCAAGCGGUGGAGCGAGGUGGUCAGCACGGACGAGGGCCAAAAGUACCUGGACUACAUCGCCAACAACUUUGAGGGCGCGGCCCGCGGUCUCGCCCAGCGCGCACUCGACUCCCACCACGCCUCCCGCAAGUGA